CCGGUAUAUUAUAUGUAUAGACAACAACAUCUUAAACGAGGCGUUAGUACAAAAUUACAACGUUGUUAUUUCAUCGUAAAAAUAUUGUUUUAUUCACAAAAUAAUUUUAACGUAGUUGGGUGUGAGUGAGAGUUCAAAUACAAUACCAACACGGAUUACAAACAAGCAACUUUUUAUAAAUUUUAAAGUAUUUCAACAUGAACUAUAUUACCAUUUUACUUGUCGCCACAUUUAUAUACCUGCGCCGGCACUAACAUCCGGGAGAAACGCGACGAACGCAGCGAUGUUAACGCAGAGGCCAUUGAACUAAGCUUACAACUAAAGGACACAAUCAGCGCGCUCAAAUUGCGACCAAUGACCAAUGGGGCUGCCAUCGAGCGAUUGGGCAAAGCCAAAAGUCAACUAGAUCAAUUAAUUUAUCUGUUGGGCGUGGCCCAGGUUCAAAGCGAGAUUGAAGCCAACACUGCCAAAUUGCGGGACACCAUCACCUCGGUCAGAUACGAGUUGGAGACUGUGCCCAGGGAGGGGUCCAGCGAGCCCGUCAUCCCGGAUAAAGGGCCCAAUUUUCCCGAGGUCAAAACUAUGGGGCCAGAGGUGAAUGAUCCGAUUGUGCCACCCAUGGUCACUAAGCAACCUGCCCCCGUCGCGGACUCAGAUGGAUCAUCGGCCAUUAAGCAUGGUGCUUAUUUAUCGAGCUCAAUUUUGGCGCUUUUAACUUGUAUCUACAUGGUUAAUUAGUUUUUCAGCACCCAUAUUAUUUGA